CUGCGCGUUCUGUCAUGUGACGGUUCCUGCGUUCGCGGCGGAGCGCUUUACGGUCAACAGACAAAACAAAACGAAAAAGCGCUUCUGAGACGGAAAGCUCGCGCGGAGAAGAGGCCGAACCUGCCGGACGGCUGUCAUGGGGUGCUGUUUCAGCAGCGAUAGCGAAACGUCGGAGCAGAACGAAGAGGUGAAGCCGCUGAUUCCUGACCCGAACUUAGACAGAAAACCCACCAAUGGCUCGGAGAGAAAUGCAGACAGCCUGCCGUCCAACCGCACGGACGAACAGGCCCUGCUCACGACCAUCCUGCAGCGGACAGCCCUGAACAUAAUAGACGUGUCGGCUGUUGAUUCUCAAGGCAUGGAGCAACACGAAUACAUGGACAGAGCCAGACAGUACAGCACCAAGCUGGAGGUGUUGAGCAGAACGCUGUCUCAGAAGAAGCCCGUUCCUCUUCCGUCGCUGACCGGUCAACCUCACCAGGUGCUCGCCGCUGACCUGGUGCCCUGCUCAGACGUACAGCAGGUGUCUAAGAUCGCUGCGUACGCCUACAGCGCCAUCUCACAAAUCCAAGUAGAUGCCAAGGAAGAGCUGGUGGUUCAGUUUGCUAUACCAUGAUUCAGAAGAAGGACCCCCUCCCCAGUUCCUCCGUUUCUCUCUCUCUUUCUAGCCCUUUCACUCCUCCGUUCUCCUUCCGAACUUCUUGAGAUGCAGACGCCCGUGUCUUUGUUCUCUGAAUGCCCUGCAGAUAAAUAUAAUUCUCCCCAACCAGAGCUCCGUGUGUAAGUCCGUCACCCGCUGCAGAUCCGAGAGGGUAAAAACACCCAUCCUUGCUCUGACGAGUUGCUUUCGAUUAGUAACCGGUAGUUUUUCAUGCAUUAAUCAAACCCUUUUUUCACCAAAUACAUCAGAAGUGUUAACCUCGACCGCAUCCAGCUGCUACUAUUACUUUUGUUUUCGUUUUAUUCGUUCGUGUUGAUUCUUCUUCUGGUGGCUUUUCAGUUUCCUGAUUAGCUGGAGAUUGUUAAACCGAGUAGCACAUCCAGACUUCUCAAUUAUUCUUGUGCUAAAGUUAAUUGUAUCUUUACUCGGCUUGGCUGGGUCAUCUUAACACGUAGGUUAUGAUUCAUUUCAGCAAUGCAAUUAAUUCUCCUGUACUCUUGAAGCACUGUGGUUUAGAGUUCAUUAUUUCUAAUGCAUUCUCAUAAUCGUAUGCACUGAGGUUCCGGGUUGGGAUGUGGAUUAAUACAGGCAACAUAAAUAAUUCUAACCAAUAACAUUAACAUUUUAUUUGACUUUUUUGGAUGCAGAUCGCUGUGUUUCUGCGGCCGAUCUGUUUUCAGCAGUCUAUCACUGUUAACUACCCAAGAGCUGGAAGCAUGGGACGCCCCACAACUUUAGACAUUCAUUUGUUUUUGUUUUUUUUUCUAAACUGAUUUUCUUAGUUUGUCAGUAGAUCGUGAUCAGGUUAGACACCGAACGAAGCUGUGAUGGACACUUACUUUACGGUCUUUAUAAUAACACUCGCUGUAUGAAAUGUCACGACUUUGAAACCGGUUGUUUUUUUAUCUACUGAAAGCUUUUUUUUUUUAUUGGUUUACAGUUAAACAAUAGUAUAAUCUAGUGCUAAUUGCGUCCAAAAUAAAA